GGAGUUUACUACCAGUGACAUCGACAUCAACAGGAAAAUUUAAACGUUAAUCAUGCAGAAACGUGAUAUAAUAUUAACAGCUGUAUUUAGUACACUGGCAGCGUUAGUUAUAUUUGCAACUGGUCUAUUCGUUUGCUACUGGUGUCAUAAAAGGAAACGUAAGCGGGAUUCCGUUGAUUUAGAUGUUUGUGAUGGUGGUAGUAAUUCACCAACGGUAACAUUACCAGCAACAUCGAGUAGUGCUGGACAUGUUGAAGAGAAGAAGAGUCGAAUAAAUGGUUUUCUUAAUUUAAAAACACCUUUAAUUAGCACAAAAACACUUGGAGCGCAACUUGAAACGACUGGCAGUCCGCAAGCAAAAUCACCUGGUGGAAGCAGUUCAGGUGUUGUACCCCCAAGUCCCCCCACUGCCCCGCAGAAUAAAGCAUUGCACAAUGUUAAAGGUGCCGCUGGAGACCAUCCGUCGAUGGCAUUCUUACAAAAUCGAUCAAUAUCGUUGGUCGAUAUGUAUAUCGAUAAUUCAGAACCAUCAGAGAAUGUUGGACAAAUACAUUUCUCACUUGAAUAUGAUUUUCAAAAUACCACACUUAUUUUACGAAUAUUACAGGGUAAAGAUUUACCAGCCAAAGAUUUGUCUGGCACCAGUGAUCCAUAUGUUCGUGUGACAUUAUUACCAGAUAAAAAACAUCGAUUGGAGACAAAGAUAAAACGACGUACAUUAAAUCCACGUUGGAAUGAAACAUUCUAUUUUGAGGGAUUCCCUAUACAAAAAUUACAAUCUAGAGUAUUACACUUACACGUAUUUGAUUAUGAUCGAUUCUCACGUGACGAUUCAAUUGGUGAAGUAUUUUUACCAUUAUGUCAGGUGGACUUAAGUGAAAAACCAUCAUUCUGGAAAGCAUUAAAGCCUCCAGCAAAAGAUAAAUGCGGUGAAUUAUUAACAUCACUUUGCUAUCAUCCUAGUAACAGUAUAUUAACCUUGACGCUAUUAAAAGCCCGAAACUUAAAAGCAAAAGAUAUUAAUGGAAAAUCAGAUCCAUAUGUAAAAGUAUGGCUACAAUUUGGUGAAAAACGUAUUGAAAAACGAAAAACACCAAUAUUUAAAUGUACAUUAAAUCCUGUAUUUAAUGAAACAUUUAGUUUUAAUGUACCAUGGGAGAAAAUACGAGAAUGUUCAUUAGAUGUAAUGGUCAUGGAUUUUGAUAAUAUUGGUCGUAAUGAAUUAAUUGGCCGUAUUCUUCUUGCUGGUAUGAAAUGUAAAAAUGGUUCUGGUGCAACAGAAACCAAACAUUGGCAAGAUAUGAUUACAAAACCACGUCAGACAAUAGUACAAUGGCAUAGACUAAAACCAGAAUAAGAAAAUGAAUUAAAUUUUAAAAAGUAUUCAAUAUUUAGUUAUUUAAUAAAAAUAUUUAAAAACAGAAAACAAAACAA